AUGUCCUUUGCAUUUGGCUUCUCUAACGAAGAUUUCAGUGAUGAUGAACUAGAUAUUGCCAAUCAAAAUACAGAUGAUAAGCCAUCUACUUCUGUCCCUCGAAUCAAUCCAUUGGAUUCCGAAGUGUUACUAGGAGAAUCAGUGAAUCAACCCAAAUAUAUUGAUCUGGAUGAUCUACUACGUUCACUCGCGAAUGUCCGUCUAUCUUUUGAAGAAGUGCAAACUCCAACAACAAACUCUGUUCUUUACAGACGUGAACUAUUUGACGUUAAACAUCAAUUGAUGUCAGAAGUGGAUUCAGGCACAAAUAAUGUUGAAUUGGAGAUUUUGAUGGGUGAAACCAAUGAAGAUUUGAGGAGAAAUGUGUACGAAGGUGGUUUGAAAUCAUGGGAAUGUUCAAUAGAUCUAGUAGACUCAUUUGUUAAAAAUCCAGCACAAAUUUCCCAGUGUCAAAAUAUAAUAGAGCUAGGAUGUGGGACGUCGCUUCCAUCGGAAUUUCUUUUUAUGGAAUAUCUAAGAUCCAACAUCAAUACCGGGAUUAAUUUCACAUUAUGUGACUAUAAUGAAAGUGUGAUUAGAUUGGUAUCCAUUCCAAAUUUGAUCGUAUCCUGGGCGAAAACUGUGAUCAGUAAUGAACAAUGGAUAGAGCUACAAGCUUCUGAAGAUUCGAACAUCCCAAUCGCCUCUGAUGAAUUACUUCUGACAGAAAAAUUACUUGAAGCUUUCAAGUCUGAUUUAGAAUUUAGAAAUGUAUCGUUUUCGUUCAUUUCAGGUUCUUGGGGAAGGAAAUUCAUGGAUGUUUUAAUUGAACACAAGGCUACCCCGUUAUCAAACACCUUAAUAUUAACCGCAGAAACUAUAUAUCAGCCUGAUACGCUCCCGGUUAUAUCAGAAACCUUAAUUGAGCUAAUCGUGGAUAACAAAAAGAACUCAUACCCGGUGAAAUGCCUGCUUGCAGCAAAAGACAUAUAUUUCGGCGUUGGGGGCAGCAUAGUGGAUUUUGAAAACUAUAUCGCCAAAAGGAUAGCAACCGAUAACCUUCCAUUAUGUUUAAAUAAAUUUAAGGUAAAUGCUGGAUUGAAAAGAUCAAUUGUACUAAUAGAGUGA